AUACUCGUAAAGACGACACUGUCACAGUCAGCAAACAGAACGGGAUGGACAAUAGAGGCUGAGGUGAAUACUGACAAGCUACCCAACAGAAAAACAAACAUCACCGACAGUCGAUGGGUGACACUGGCAUGCAAGCGCCAGACCACGCGGACCGGGAGGGACAGAAUGGCAAUAUCGGUCAGGAUGUUGGGGAUGGCGUUCCCGAUGAAGGAGCCCUUCAGAUUGAUGCAGGUGCCGGGGAUGGUCGGGUUCCACGUCUUCUCGAUGGGCGUGCAUUGGAAGACGCUGACGAAGAUGAUGGCGAUGACCCACGACACCACGAUGGAGCCCAGGAUGUACGCGGCGAUGCGAAACUCCCGGGUCGGGAAGAUGCGCGAGUACAUGAGCAGGAUGGAGAUCUUGAUGAUCCCCACGGUGGUACAGUAG